CUUUACACUGUGACUCAUUCUUACACACACACACACACACACACACACACACACACCAAUGACAGCAGAGCUGACAUGCAAGGCGUUAGCCUGCCAUUGGGAGCAACUUGAGUUCAGUGUCUUGCCCAAGGACACUUCGGCAUGUGGAGUCAUGUGUGCCAGGAAUCGAACCGCCAACCCUGCGAUUAAUGUCCAACCUGCUCUACCACCUGAGCCACAGCCAUAUGUGGAUUUUCCAGUUGUAAUUUUGCCUUCCACCGUCCCACUAUCCUUCUCACCAUGACCAAGCUUCUGGAGUGGCUUCUUGGUGUGUUGCUGAUUGGCAUCGCAUGGGGACUUGUUACCUUUGACCUUCUUGAUUUGCAGUUGCCUCCACAGUAUAAGGAGAUGGCCUGGCCGAUGCCUGUGUAUCUGCUUGUGGCAUUUGGGUGUUAUUCACUGGCGACUGUGGGCUACCGUGUGGCCACGUUUAAUGACUGUGAGGACGCAGCAAAGGAGCUGCAGGCACAGAUACAGGAAGCCAAAGAGGACUUGAGGAAGAAAGGGUUGAAGAUGUAAGAAGUGUUUGUGAAUACUACGUUUCACACAUACUACUACAUAUUAGCAGGGUUUAUUUUUUCUCUCUCUCUCUCUCUCUCUCUCUCAUCACCUUCAUACACAGAUCCAAACCUGGUCUCAUGUUUUGUUUUGGGUCACAUUGAUACAGAUUAGCCCAGUUAUGUGGACCUCAGCACUGUGUUAUACGCUCAGAACUACAGUUAUCCAUGUGUGAAGUUGGUUCACAAAGCUUCCCGCCUUUUUAUGUUCAAGUUUUUCUUUUCUCUACUAAAAUUAUUGUUGAAAGUUUGUCAUGCAAAUUGUAAGCCCUGAGAUCUGCUGCACACCUAUGAUCUAUUUCCAGCAUUAUGUCAGUCCAUUUAAACUUUACAGACAGAUUCAUAUAUUGUCAGUGGAGAGCAGUGCUAUUUUUGUGCAACAUCCAGAGAGUGUGUGUAUUUGCAUUGGCAUGGGAGUUAAUACAUCUGUUUUUGACCCAGUUGUUUUUAGCAGAGUCAGAAUUCUUAGUCAGAUUUAGAAACAAACCCACUAUGUAGACUCUCAUUUGUACAAGUCUGCAGCCCUACAAAGUAGGACAACAUUUGCAAUCUUAAGAUAAGCACUAGAAUCUUGAUUUCAAAUAUCAGGAUGGGGUUGAUAUGCCAUCAAUGACAUAGACGUUGAGGUAAUAGACAACACACAGGAUCUUUAGGUCUUUUUACCUGAAUUAAACAUACGACAUUCCACAUGAUGCAGCUAAAUGAGUUCAUUUUCAAAAGUGGUGUCUUUGAUACAAAAAACACUGUUUUAUUCUCAACUGAUAUAAGUCUGUGUGAGCUCGUACCCUCAGGCUGUCUAUGGAAUACUACUGUUGGUUCUGUCUUUUUAUGAUAAAGAAAAAUGGAGUCCUGUGCAUUAAAAUGCUUAAAAUAUGAUGUGUGUCCAUGUUUUGGCUCUUAAAACACUAAUCCCAAAGCCACUAAGUGCACAUGAGUGCUGUAUAUAGUGCUGAAUUAAUCUGAUAUUUUUGGCAAGCAAAGCUCAUUCGUUCUUUCCAGGCUCAAAGUAGGCUGCUGGAGCCUUGGUUUUUUUUUCAGGCCCCUUCUACCCCCUGUCGAAACAGGCCUAUAAAGGGCUUCAAAACCAAAAAGUGAGGUAGAGUUAGCAUUUUCUCAUAUAA